GUGCUCAUAGUCAUUUGUUCCUUGUGUCAAUUGUCAAACUGUUCCCGUUGCCGGCAGACGUCAGCUGAUGUCUACUUUUUGAAGAAACAAAACUUUGCUCCAGAUAAUAGUACUCUUAUUUACGUAAAUCCCGACAUGCUUUCACAAUGGCAGUAGCAUUUAAACGGGAGAGAUAUUUCUUGUACAACGAUUUAGCAUGUCUUGCAUUUGCUUUGCAAGGCAAAUGGGUUACCAUAGAUCUGAGAAAUGAGUGUUGUGUGUAUGGAAAAGUCAAUACUGUCGACGGGUAUAUGAAUGUUACAAUGUCUGAUGCUAUAUUUACAAAUCCAAGAGGACAACAUUAUUUGUUUGAGUCAUUUUUCCUAAUGAAUAGGCAGAUACGAUACUUCCAUAUACCAGAAGAGAUGGAUAUCAUCCCAGCUAUUAAGAAGCAAAUAGAAAAGCUUGGUAAAAAAGAUGAUACAUAUCGCAGAGUUCAGCGGAAGAAAUAACAGAGACAUAGGUCAUUUAAACACGUGUAUCCUGUUAAUUAUAAACUUUCCAUUAAUAUGAUUGACAUUUCACCACCUUAUGUGCAUCUAUAGGAGUACAAUGAAAAGAUUGUGUGAAAUCGACAAUAUAUUGGUGCAGAUAUUUUUUUCAGUGGUUCUUCAUUUUACUGUGCCUUUGCAUAUAGAGACUGAUAUAUGAAAAUCUGUUUUGUCUUGGUUACCAUUGUGUGUUGUAUAUAUUUGUGAUGAAUAUGAGUAUUGAAUGAUUUGGAAGAAUGACA